AUGCCAACUCAACAGAUUCCCGGAACAGUCGACGAACUCCUUCAAUUUAUUUCAGCCCAUAGUGAUGGCAUCGAUAAUAUCUCAAAACAAGUUCAUCCAAUUCUCAAACAACUUCCACAGCAAAUUUUUUUACAAGGUACAGCGGAAAAUCAAGAUCCCCUUGAUCUAUUAGAUCAAACCUUUUGUAGUUUGGCAUAUACGUAUUUUCUCUCCGCGCGUUGCAAUGCCGAAAGACCUAAUGCAGCACAACUGCUGAAUUACGUUCUUAAUUUUUUGCAAGAUAAAAAUCUUGGUCUGGCAAAACAAACACUCGAUGCGAUUUAUCGCCGCAACAUUCAACAAUUGACUCAAACCUAUUUAACCUUAUCAUUGGCUGAUAUUGCUGAGGCUGUUGGAUUAGAAGGGCCCGAUGCGGCAAAAGUGGCUGAAAAUUAUGUUCUCAGAAUGGCAAAUAUCCAUUUUAAAAUCGAAUCUCGUGAAAUAUUUGCUACUAUUAGUCAUUCCCACCAAAACGGGAUGGUAUCUUUCCAUGACAACCCGGAAAUGUAUAACACUUCUUUAACCAUUACUCACCUCGAGCAGCAAAUUGCAAAAGCUACCAAAGUGAGCGAACGUGUUGUUAAAACUGAUCGAGCUAUCGGAUGUAGUAAAGAAUAUCUUACCAAGAGUCAGAGUUUGCUUGCCACUGGUGGUGCAAUGCCUGGCGGACUAGGGCCGGGUGAUGACACAGAGUUUUUAGGAGCAGGUGGAGGUUUCGAUAAUUUUAUUGAUGAUGGAAAAUACUUUGGUUGA